AUGAACUCUGAUUCAGACGCAUUUACCACGUAUGAUCCCAAGAAGGCAAACCCGCAGUAUAAACAAUUCAAAUUGAUUUCCGUGAACUUCAAAGAAGCUGCAUUGGAUUCUCCAAGUUUCAGAGCUGGUAUCAAUCAUUUGGACAAUCAGAUCAGCAAAAUCGAACGGUGGCUCCUUGCAUUGGUAUCCUCAGUCAAGAAGAUCCCGAAAUAUGCUAAGGAAUUGCAAACCUAUUGCAAUUCCUUUUUGGAACAUUUGGUCCCAUCUUUUUUGCAAGAUGGUCUAAUUGACCAGGAGUAUACCAUGCAAUCUCUACAAACCACCUUGCAGGGACUCAAGGCUUUGUGGAGCAUCAAUUUGUCAGCGUUGAAUGUGAAUUCGUACAUUAUUGAUAACCUUAAUUUGAUAGUAUCGAAGAACGUGAGUCAAUACAAAGAGAUCAGAAAGAAUUUUGAUGUGUACCAAGAAAAGCAUGACAGAUAUCUCGAGUUGUACCUCGCGACUCCAAAGACCAAGGACGCUGCAAGCAUAAUGGAGGAUGCAAAGGAGUUUUUUCAAGUCAGAAAAGACUAUAUCCAUGCAUCGUUGGAUUUGGUUGUUGAAGUCGCUACUUUAGGGAACCUUUUGGAUAAAGUAUUGGUUGGUUUGAGUUCCGACUUAUGGAAGAAUAAAAGAUCAGCCUUUACAUCUGGUUCAAAUGCAUCCUUCAUCAAGGAGUCCUGGCUUAAAAUCAACAGGAUACGAGGAUGGUGUGACUCCUAUUCUCUUGCGAUCGAGAAGCUUGGUGGCGACAUGGUUCUUGCUCGUAACCAAGUCGAAGAGUCUUCCACUCAUCAGUUCCAGCCAUCAUCUGAUCCUAAUCAGUAUAAGUCUUCCUUAAUUAAUCAAAAAAUGUUGGACAGCAUAGACGAAAGAGGAGUGGAAAAGCAUGGCUAUUUAUUUAUGAAGACUUGGACGGAACGUUCAUCCAAGCCAAUAUGGGUCAGAAGAUGGGCAUUCAUCAAAGGGGGAGUAUUUGGUUUACUAGUGUUAUCUCCUUCAAAGACUUUCGUGCAAGAAACCGAUAAAAUAGGUAUUUUGUUGUGUAAUGUCAGGUACACCCCCAAUGAGGAUAGAAGAUUUUGUUUUGAAUUGAAGACAAGUGACUUAACAGUCGUUUUCCAAGCCGAGACAUUAAUUGAGUUGAAAUCUUGGUUAAAGGUUUUUCAAAAUGAAAGAAACCAAAUUCUUCAAUCUGCCCGGGAAAAUAGUGACAGUGACCUUUUCAACAUUGCCUCUGGACGCUAUCCCCCUAUCGUCACUGAAUUCUCUUCCACAUUGCAGACAACGAUGGACAGAGAACUAACAAGUAGCAGAAUAGCACAUCAUUCCACCGGCCAGAUUAUUACACCAAGUAAUUUGGCCAAGCACAUCGAAAAGAAUGACAAAUUGUUUUCUAAGUAUGUCUACUCGCAAAUUCUUCAGAUCAAGCCUCCAUUUAUCACAGAUACCACAAAAUCGUCAAUUUUGUCCUACAGUCUUGUCAAACCCACUCAUGUUCCAACUGCUUUGACUGCUAAUAUGUGGGGUUCCGUUAAUUGGGGUAUUUAUUACUUGCAUAGUGCAAUUCAAGACGAAAAAGCAAUGGAACCCUAUCUUAUCCAAGAAGAUACAGAGUUGAUCCAGCAACAACAACAAAGACGUGACGGAGGAUUGUUCUAUCCAAAUUACUAUCCUAAGGAAUUAAUCCCUUUGGAUAUUCAAAUGAGAGCCUUGUUUGAAACUGUUAUUCAACCUGGUGAAUAUUGUCUUAUAUCUUACAGGUGUAUUUGGUCCGCAAACUCCAAACAAGAGUUGAGUGGAAGGUGUUUUAUCACAUUGAAUCACGCAUACUUCUACAUGCAAGCAUUAGGAUUUGUGACCUUGUUCAAGGGAUAUGUUGGAAACAUGAUUUCGGUUGAAUACAAACUGCAGAAGCAAUUUGACUUGGUCAAAAUGUAUACCAUCGCUGGAGUUAUCAAAAUGAAACUAUUUCUAGAUGAUGGAAAGGCUAUGAAGUUGAAGGUUAAUUAUUUGAUUGACAAUAAAGUUAGUGAUAAACCAAAGUUGACUCGCGAGAUUCUACAAGCUUUCAAUAAGAUCGACGAACAACUAGAGAAGGAGAAAAUUCAGCAAGAACAAUACGACUCAAAUGAAGUAGAAGAAAAAGACUUAUCCUCCCAAUUGACGGGUGCACCUAACUUGACGGGGAUUUUGAAAUCUAGUUCGUUAGUUAAAGCAUCUUCGAAGACUACCAGCUAUAGAACUGAUUUCACCAAAGACUACAGGCUUAUCAAAGAAAGGAGAUACGCUGUACCUCCUAAAGCUAUUUUUCAUGCCCUUUUAGGAGAUAACUCAACCAUUCUCAAUGAACAGUUAUCAUUUGGGAGGGUUGAGAGUAUUAUUAAAAAACCAUGGAUAUCUACUCCAGAAGGAGUUUUGAAAAGAACUUUCAAUACCAUUGCUGCCUACAACAAGAAGCGGUGGGUCGUUCAGAUCAGCCAAGCUAUUGAUGAGCUUCAUGAUGAUGAGUAUUAUGUUUUCUCCCACACCAGGUCCAACUUCAAGUUUUUGAUAGGAUCAGUAUUCAACGUGGAAUACAAGUUUGUCAUGUUGAGAACGGCAGGGGACCAGACAAGGUUGUACUCCUAUGUUAGAAGAAACUACUUUGGAACUCUGAUUUUUAAUCCAUUCGUAGAUUGGAUCAGUCAGACUGUUGCUGCCAACCGUGAUUUCCAUUUCAAUGAUCUAUUGAAAUCUUCAUUUAGAGAGCUUGGUACACACGGUACUGUGGUCAAAUCCAUUUACAUAUAUGGUAAGUUGAGUCACACAGAUGAUAGUGAAGAAGAAAAGGAUGAAGAACAAAUCGCAAAAAAUCCUCCAAUUAUGAGAGUUAGUUUCUUCUACGUUAUUAAGGUCUUUACUAAACGGGUUAUGUUCAGAAUUAUCAAUUUUUUGCUUCAAUUGAUCCAGAUUAUUAUUAACGCUGGAGUAUUAUUGUUUAGAAGUUUGAGAAUGCAAACCGUUUUGCUACUAAUAAUAUUUGUGUCUGCCGUAUUUAACUUGUUUUUGAUGGGUAAAACCACACAAUCAUAUUGGAGUGUCAGAAGAGCAAAUAACAUUGCAUAUGAGCUCUUGACCAAUGAUCCUUUGAUGUUACAGAGAGCUAUUUAUUUGAAAGACACAGAAGAACUCUUAGAGCGUGGAAAACAUGAUUUCUAUACUAGGAUUAAAGAAGUAACUCCUAAUCUGAAUCAUCUGAAUCAAUUACAGAACUCAAAGUCGUGUUUCGAAACAUUCAAGAAUAACUCCUUUGUUAUCAACUAUAAGGACAGUACAGAUUGGGAUAAUGUUUAUGGAGACGAUGAGACUAGGAAUGUUGCAAAGGACCUUAAGAAGGCGCACCAAGAUGUUGGAAUCAGAAGACACAAAUUGAUGGUGGAACUAGAAAUUCUAAGCCUGAUUGAAGAGCUGAUCGCAAAGGCUGAAUGGAGAAACUGGUUAAUGAGCGAAGUUCAAAGAUGUGACUACGUCGAGUCCACAAUUGUUAGCAGACUAGUCUAUCCUAAUGAGGAAGGUGAAGUUGAAAGUUUAGGAGACGGUAUUGAUUCGUUACUUGAUUAUUGUCAAAACUGUAAGGAAGAGUUCAACAAUAUUGAUUUGAUCUGA